AUGGAGAAGUCAAGUUCAGCCAACCCACUCUUCAGUGUGUAUCUGAUUGUCCUGGCCCUCUCUGUAUCCAGGGGCGGCAUAACUGUGAGCCCCAGUUCCCCCGUGAAGGUAGACGAGUCGGCCGGUACCGUGACUCUGACAGUCACGAAUAAUAUGCUCCCGACCGCUGGUUUCUGGGGUUUUACGUCCUUGACAAGUGAUGAAACAGCAACGGCUGGGUCAGACUACACAUCACUCGCUAGUACACUAUCGCAAGUGCCGUCUUCACAGCCAUCAGUUGAUUUGACCGUCAGCAUAACUGAUGAUAAUGAUCUCGACCCCGGUGAAACCUUUCUGCUCAUGCUAAAAGACUUCUUCUCAGGAGAAAGCGACAUCAACGUGACAAUAAGCAUCAAUGACAAUGAACGCGCCCCAGUCGAGCUGAAGCAACCCGGCAACAUCACAGUUAAGGAGGGACAAUUCAACAACAACAUCACAUUGACACUGGAAAGGGCCGAUGCCUCGACCCGCAACUUUACAGUGCACGUACAGCUACAAGCAGGGACUGCCGUACCAGAGCAGGACAUUGCCCACGAGGGGAUUGAGAAAUGGUUUGAAUUCGCUGAGAACGAAACGAGCAAAACCAUACCUUUAGCCUCUCUGAUAAAUGAUCUGAUAGAGGAACCUUCAGAGGUGUUCACUGUCGUCAUCAAAGGCCCAGAUCUCAAGGACAACAUCACCGUCCACGUGACAAUCAAAGACAAUGACACUCCGGAUCCCUUCCACUGUGGUCGUGGUAAGAGUCAACCCUGUCUCAACAGCGGUACCUGCACAGACGAAGGCUGUCACCCAUCCACUGGCUUCUGCAACUGUACAUCUGGGUUUUCUGGGGUCAACUGUGGAAUCAAUGGCACCGUGUCUACAUGCAACCAAGCGUGCGUGAACGGAACGUGUGUGAACGGUGCAUGCAUCUGUGAUCCCGGCUUUGCAGGAGAGCUAUGUGACAAAAAUGCCUAUUAUCACCAGUGCAAUCCUACCAACUUCAGUGUCUGUAUCACGCCUUUCUCCCUCGACACAUUUUGUGGAGAGGUGUACGUCAAAAACUUCCAGAAUGUCCCCGACUGCAACCUGACACUGGCCCCUAACCCAGCUGAUCCAAGCGACGGCAUCGUGGACUGGUGCAAGGGCUAUGGUGCCGCAAUUCCCUACAACGGCACGUGUGGUGAACUGGGACCAACUUUCGACGGAAACUACACUUCGUACGAGCUCUCGCUGUUGGUGCAAUACACUCCCGGCAUUAAAUCAUGCACCGAUGAGAAGGUGACCUUCACCUGUCGAUACGACAACAACUCCCUGCAUAUCGUCAAUACCUAUGACGUUGACCCUAACAGCUUCCAUGAUGGAUCAGUCGUACGCGAGACGGCAAACUAUGUUCCAGCUAUUCUGACCUCCACGGCAGCAGACGGAAGUUCCCUGACCCCGCCCCUGGCUCUCGGUACCACAGUGAAGAUAUGUAUCUCCGUUAAAGAAAUACCCGGUUUCCACGGUAUUGUUAUCCACAAAAUCACCGUUCACAACAACAGACCGAUCCCAGACAAGAGAUCGAUUACUCUGUACGAUAAGGGAUGCAUUCCUGAUACAGCAGCUGGAAUACUCACCGUGUCGCCAUUCUUCACCCCAACCGGAGAGAAACAUACCAUUUGCUUUGCAAUCAGAAUAUUUGUGUUUGAUCAUGAUAUUUACCUGGCCAAUCCUGCCCUAGCCGUCAAAGUCUAUUUCAAAGUCGUGGGGCAUGAUGCCUUGUCUGGAGCCGUAUUGCCGACAUGUGGAAGCAGGAAGAAGAGACAGGCUGAUGACGACGAAAAGUCUUUGUCAACAACAUUCACGAUCACUAUCACUGAUGGAGGUGAAAAAGCAGUCAGGACAAGCCUUGAUAGAUCUACUGACAACAAGUCCGUGAUGGUUCCAAUCGUGGUUGGUCUUGGGUCCCUCGCCAUCGCCGUGGCCGUCGUCGCAAUCGCCGUUGGGUUCAUCAUCUCCAAACGAAGACGAAGGUCGAAAUUGACAGAAAAAGAUGAUCUCUCCUACUCGAGUCGAUAAACAGUCCACUUCCUCAAGAACCUGAACUAGUAAACCUAUGAUCGCAUCCACCAACUGUUUUUCGGGGCGCCCAUUCGCCUAAAGUCAUACGACUUUGCAAUAUAACAUUUUGUAGCAACGGAUAAGUUAUAUUUUUAAACAUUAGAAACAUUCGUAUCGGUGCGUUCGUGUACGCAAAGGAUGCGUCAAAAGAAUAGAUGUAUCAAUUGUUUCGUUUUGAACCAUGCACGUGGUUGCUUGUUCUUGCAAAUGCUCUUCCGAAAUUGCUAUUUAAGGGUAGUCUCAACUGCAAUGUUUCCAAAUGUCCUAUUUUUAUCAUUCGACUUUAAGUCUUUACCCGAAAGAUAAGUCGUGAAGUAAGUUGUGUGUUAGGAUAUAUGUUUUUAAACUCGUGUUGUAGGUCGCUUCAGAAUGUUUUCGGUGAAUGUGUCAAGAAAUGAAACACAAAACAAUUGUUAUGGACGAGAAUAUAGACCGAGAAAAUAUCAUUAAAGGCCCAUUUUACUUGUCUGUUUUUUUAUUUUAUUA